AUGAGAAUAGCCUCAUUUCUCAGCUUAAUCUUCUUCAAUUUAGCGGAUGAGCUCGUUUGGUCAGUUUUUAUUCAGUAAUGGAAGUUUUUCAGUUAAAACAGCCAAAUGAAUGCCGAAGAAUUUGCACUUUUUUCAGGGCUUAUGAGCUGAGGUCAGUGAGUACAUCAUGGGGCAUUGUACGAGGAGAAGUUGUCUCUCCUGAAGGCGAAGAUCUGCCUCCAGUCUCCCAAUAUCUUGGCAUCCCGUAUGGAGUUUCACCAACGGGCCAGGUUAUUAUUUUUCAUAUAUUUGCUUUUUCUAUGUGCUUAAAGGUAUUGAAAAUAUUGAUUUCACGUUAUUAAGUUCUUACUCGAAAGUCAGAAGGUAUUGAUCCCAUGAAAAAUUAUGUACUAUGUUCAUAGAACCAAACACAAGAAAGUUCAUUUUACUUUGUGGUUGGGAUUUUUCUGCAAAUCGGCUAGAAAACUUCUUGAUGAACCAGAAGAAGAUUCUAGAAGUCUCAAGCUGCACAACUUUUGGGAAAAGACGCCUCAAAUCCGAACAAAACUUUCAAAGCCCCGUAAUAUAGGAUAUUUUGAGAUUUUAGGCCCUUUUUUUCGAAAAAUAGGAAGUUAGGAAGGUUGAGACUUAUCCGUUUUUGAUCUGGUACCUCGAAAAGUGUUCUAGCCUAUUUUCAAGGAAUUCCCUACCUAAAAUGACCUCCCCUGUCGCCUGAAAAAAAAAAUUGAAAAUUAGGCGAACUGGACCCUUUCGAAGAGUUUUUCGCCAUUCACCUGGCUAAAUUAUUUCUCAUCCGCCUACAAGAAGAAGCAGAAAAAAAUAUAAAUAUUUGAUUGUAUGAAGCUAAACCAAUUGAUAUAGAAACAGGGAAAACUUCAAAAAAAAAUUGUCUUUGAAUUUUUGAAAUUCGAAUUGUUUUGUUGAUAGGCAAAUUUCGAACUUUCUUUAAUUUUGGAAAUUUCAGUAUCGCUUCAACAUGGCGAUUUCGGCUGCAAAGUGGACUCACAUGCCAAAAGAUGCAAGAAAAAUGUCCUCCGCGUGUAUGCAGACCACAAUGCCCGAACUCAGCGAGACCAAGUAUGCUCUGUCGCCAAAUCUCACCUGAAUGUUUUCCCUUUAGAGCUUUCAAGCACACGUCGGCGCAACGAUUUGAUUUUGUUCACAGGUUGCUGCCGAAGCUGAAAAAGCAGUCGGAGGACUGUUUGUUUAUGAAUUUGUUCAUACCUGAGCGAUUAGGUGAGUCUGAAUUUCUGUAGUAGCUUCAAAGACUUUUCAGAAAGCUCACAAAGAGAUAAUCUUCUUCCUGUGAUGGUUGUUGUUCAUGGUGAUGACUAUGGCUGGGGUUCCGGAAACGCUUUCAACGGAUCCACUUUGGCUUCUUAUGGACACAUCAUUGUUGUUACGCUCAAUUAUCGAUUAGGGGUCUACGGUUGGUCAAUUGAGUAUAAAAGUUGGGUAAGGGUAUAGGGAAAUUCAGGGUUUUUGGGCCGCUGCGAGUCGUCGUCAUGCUCAGGAAAUAGCGGGAUUUCGGAUUUAGUAUCUGCACUUACUAUGCUCAAUGUCAUUCUUCCUUCUUUUGGUGGCGAUCCUAAAUCAGUUACUCUAAUGGGUAAGUGGAGGAUUUGGUUGAUAGGAUUUUCAAACGCAGCUGAUCUGACAUGAAUUUAAAACUGUAAAUUCAAUGUCUUUGUUUAUUUCCUUAUGAAAAAUUUAGCUAGAAGAAUAUUAGAAGACUAACAAAAAUUCAUUAGAAAAACUAAUUUCAGGUUGGGGUUCCGGCGGAGCCUUAGUCUCCUUGUUGAUGGCGUCUCCUCUGACUCAACCUGGCCGGAGACUGUUCCGGAGGGCGAUUCUACUCGACGGAACUGCUCUAGCUCCUUGGGCCACGACAAGCAAUCCGCAGACCUACUUCAUGCAGAUUGCCGAAGAGCUUGGCGUAGGCUUUUCGUUAUCUUUUCCUUGUGAUAUCAAAUUUCCAGUGUGUUGCUAAAAACCGAUCUUCGCAGUUCAACGAAGGAGUCGAUUCCAUAGUCCGAUGUCUACAGGUUAUUUUUGGUUUUUAAGAGUUUUAUCUAGGAUGUGAUGAGGACAAGGAUAAUUAUGAAUCAAAUAUUCAAUGUGUUUUGAAGUACUCUGAGUUCAUUCAAAACUUGAAAAGUGAAAAAUGUCUUACCUGUUUCGCUUUUCUCUUUAGCCAAACCGAAACAUUUUUGGACGUUGAAUAGUUACUUUUUGUUCAGUUUUGUGCCAAUCGCUUGCCUCAAAAUUCAGACAAUCAUCAUUAAAGAUUUUCUUUGUUUAACCGCUUUAUAACUGGAUUUUAGCAUGAAAAAUUUUUUUUCAUCAGGUCCAUUCCGCGGAUAACAUCACAAAAGCCGUGGCUAAAGUGGAAGUACCGACCUUUCUUUCUGGAUUUGCUCCUAUUGUUGAUGGACAGGUACGUCUUAGAAAAACAUUUCUAUCAUUUUUUCAACUUAUCAAACAAAAUUCAUGACAAUGAAAAUAUCAAUGAAUUGACUCUUUCACGAGCAAUCAAAAAAGUCUCCUCAAAAAUCUUAUUAUAUUUUCUAUUUUCCCACUCAUUCUUUUUCUGCAGUCGUUUUUUUCAGCUCAUUCCGAACAAGCCUGAAAUAUCGUUUUCCACGCAAUUCGGAAGCCUUUUUCGAGAAAUAGACUUGUUGGUGGGAGUGACAACAAACCCGUCACACCAUAUGCUUUCAAAUGAAGACCUCAAAGCAGGGAUCGGGAAAGACAAACGCAACAAGAUUUUGAGGUUUCUAAAAUCUUAUAAUUGAAAAAAUAUUGGUUUUCAGGACACUUGUACGCAACUUGUACGAUUAUCAUCGCGACGAGAUUUUUUCAGCGAUUCUUAAUGAAUACACCGAUUGGGAUAAUCCUAGGGUGAUUACUUACUCAGUGGUUAUAGCCACGCCCAAUUGACAGCUAAGGAAUGAAAAAUUCCGACUUGAAAGUCUCAUAAUACGUGAAGAAUUCUUCAUAUUAUCUAAAAAAACUAUAGAGAACGGAGAAUUUGUUCCCUUGUCCGUCAGUUUUUUUCAUACAAUGAAAAAUGAACUUUGAAAGAAGUUUUAAAAGCGCACAAACCAUGUAUUUUCGGAGGUUUGGUUGGAAAAAUUAAGAUUUUUCAAUAUUUGGUCAUCAUCGUUAGCUUGUAUGAGAACUAGAAAAUAGAAAAUCCUGAAAAAUGGUCAACGAAACAAUUUAUUAGCAUUUCAAAAACUUCUUUGACAUAUUUUCUUCUAGGACCACCCAAAGUCCAUCCGAAAUGGAGUUCUGGCUGCACUGGCGGAUGUUCUCUACACAGCGCCACUGAUUGAAACGCUACGUAAACACAAUUCUGACGAAGUUCGCAAGGAGGCCAACACGUUUAUGUAAAUUUCUCGAAAUGGUCACACGACUUGAAAAAUGUUUGCGUUUGAGGUUUGCGUUCGCUCACGAGACCAGGACUUGGAUGCAGGAGCAGCCGAACAGCGGGAUUAGAGGUUCCCUUUCUGGAGACAUUGUGCCGUACCUUUUCGGAUACCCUUUGGCUACAGGAGACAAUGAUGAUCGAGUGAGAAGGGGGGAUAUCGAUUAAAAAGGGAUUUGCCUGAUUUUUUGGCUUCACUGUUAACAGAAAAUCUCAAAAAAAUCCAGAAUAUUUAAAAUUAGAAGAAAGGCCAAUAAACGACGAUUAAUUUUUGACAAGCUCAAAUUUUUCAUUGCAACGACUUUUCAAAAAAAAAAACAUUCAAGUUUCACAGAACACAAAAAAAACGGUAUAGACCGCUUAUAUACGACUUUUCAAGAAAAUGAUAUAAGUUUUCGUUGAUUUUAGUUCCAAAGGUUGCAAUUUGCUCAUUAGUCUUUUAUAUGCUUGAAAAAUUGGAAUGAUAGAAGAACCCAACUUUUUCAGUUAUACGCUGGCUUCAACAAUGAUGAUCGAGGAAUUUCCAAAGUUAUCAUGCACUAUAUAUCCAGUUUUGUGAAAACAGGGUAACUUUUCAAUUUUUCAAAUCCUCAAGAUUUCAUAUCUUGCAGAGAUCCUUCUAAACCUCACGGUGUACCUAAAAAUUUCCCAAUGGGAGACGUUUUCCAUUCAACAGCCUGGCCUCAGUUUGACCAACCUAAUCGGGAAGCUUAUCUCGAAAUAAGUGAGCUUUUUCCUUUCUUUCGACAAUUUUCACAUGUAAUGUUGCAGCCGACCGUCCACGGGUGAAAAAUUAUUAUCGAAAUGCUCAAGUCGGCUUUUGGAACUCAUUUAUUCCGCAGCUGCACAAGAAUUCCAAGGAAAACGUCGUCGUGGCAGAGGUUUUGAGUCUCCUUGGACAAAAAUGAAUUUAUGAAUUAGGAGCACCAUCUCCUGUCCGAUCAUUUCAAGAAAGACUCCUUUUUUGGACAAGUUCGACCAUUUUCCUCUUUCCACAAUAUGCCUUUUCCUCCGCCUCCUAUGCCGCCAUCGCCUCCUCCAACUAUAGGGAAUAAGCCGAAGACAAGUAAAGUGAUUUUUUAACAGAAAAAAGAAAUCCUUUUACAGCAAAGCCGCCUUUGGCGACGACGGCCACGCCGGAAACUGAGAGAACAGUCACGGGAAAUUACAGUAGUGCUCUUGGUAUUGUGGUAGCCGUUGGAGUGUCUUUCCUUAUUCUGAAUGUCUGUUUCGCUCUUCUGACAUAUAAGAAGGUAAUCAAAAAUUGGUUUAUGAUUUAUGUGUUUCUACAUUCUUCCAUCUGAAAUGAUCAAAUUUUAUUUCUACUACCUGAGAAAUUUUCAAUAAUCGGAGAAAGAAAAAAAAGAGACCGAACAAAAAAUCUUCAAAUAUGGCAACAAAAAAAUGAUUUCAGAGAGGACAAGACAAACGGUCCAAGAAGAAGCUCCAGUUGCAAUAUCAAACAUACGCUUCAAACCACGGCGUCGUACCGGAACCAUACAACAGCCUCAAUUCACCGGUAAACGUCUGAUUCCUUUUUCUGGCGAUGUUGAUCAUUGAAAACUCUGUUUUUUCGAUGAACAGAUUGAGCGAAGAAGCGAUAGAAACGCUUUUUUAUGGCUUUGUUCGAUUUCGGCUGGGAAUUUUCGAGAACUUUUUGAAAAAUGUCUGAUAAAACUGCUUAGAUUUCAAAUUUCUUUAUGAAAACUUUAUUAUAUUUUUUGUAAUUUGAGUUCUCUCUCAAAAUGAAAAAUUCGAAAGUUUUCUUCUUGCUCUCUUGGAUUCCAAAUACACAGAAAAGGGGUCCGACAAUUUUCUUAAUAAAUUAAGAGCGUUUGAAAGAGUCAAAUAAGUAGGAAUCAGCUUACAGGGAAAGUCGGUUUACUUUUCGAUUGGGAAAAUUGGUUAGGAAACUCCUUGAAAUACCAGAAGAAAAUUCUCAAAGUCUCAACCUGCAACACCUCCCAGUAUUCCAGAAAUAAGGGUCUAAAACCCUGAAACAGCUCACUUUGAUGGAAAUUGAGCGUAUUCUUCAAACUUGCAGCGUCUUUUCUCAAAGAGUAGAAGGUUGUACAGGUUGAGAUUUUCAGAGUUUUCUUCUGGUGAUGAAGAAAUGUUCUAGCCAAUCUUCAGAAAAAUCCCCACCGCAAAGUAUAAUGAUCUUCCUUGCUGAAGAAAUGUUAAUUGCCGUUUGAACUAUUACUCUCAUUUUUCUCAACUUGAGUGCUUAACCAUUACCUGCAUGUUUCCUUGCUGAUUUGCUACCGUCCAGCUGUCGCUGAUGCCCCCGCCGCCGCCGCCUCUGACGUCGUCCCUGGCCCAUUCUCUGCACGACGACAUGUUCGACCGGCCGCUGCUCAACGGCGCCGCUUCGCAUGCCACUCCAACACUUCCGCGGCAUUCUUUUCAAGAACAGGCAUGUUCCUACCCGUUUUAACCUUUAUUCGCUUUUUGCCUUCAAGUUUUAUUUUUGCUUUUUUUGAUAUAAAUAUAAUAGCUUUUUUUCAUAUCUCACCCGCACAUGCUAACGUUCUAAAAUGAGGUUCAACAACUUUGGAGGAUUGCAAAUAGAAAUUUGACAAAAAUGAAUUAUGACUAAGAAUCCUUACCUAUUAACGAGUGACAAGUUUACUAAAGUCUUGUUUUCUGUUAACAUUAACUUACCUUGACAGUGAAAAAGAGCUUUUUGCCAGGCUGAGGACCCGCAGCAUGAAAUCGAAUUCUAAUAUUCAUUUUUUACAAAAAUUUGGCUUCAUAAACGAACCAGAAAAGUAUUACAAUGGUUCUGGGCCAUUGAAAACUUUAUCAGCGGUCAAGCUCUAUUUGGUCGGGGUAUAGUUGAAAAAAACUUUGUACGUUUUUUUGGGGUCAAAAAAAUUAUGGAUUUUUUUAUCACUCUUUUUAUAAUUCGUUACUUUUUUUGUGUCAAAAAGGCUCAAUUGCAUUCCAUCAAUUUGAGAUUAAAAGUUUUUGGGACAAUAUAUUUGGGUAGCAAUCCUGGUUCCGCCAAGACACUCCUUGAUGCACCAGAAAACGAUUAUAAAAGUUGCUACCUGUGUAACUUUUUUACUUUUUGGAAAUCGAAGACUCACAGUCUCAAAAACCUAUUUUUUUAAUGGAUAUUGAGGUUUUUUUCUUCAAAUUUGAGGCGUCCUUUUUUUCAAAAAAAUUAUAAAAUUUCACAUGUUGAGACUCAAAAUCUUUAUCCGGCUCAGCAAAAAAUUUUCUGACAAAUUUUCUAGAAAUAUAAAACUUCAAAGUUCAAAGUUAUUUUUAAAUAUUCAAGCUCUUUUUAAAGUGACUUUUUCCAGGAGCCGUUGUUAGCAGCAUCUCACAAAAAAAUUCGACGAGUAUGCGGCCGCCGACGAUUUCCCCAACGUGUCCACGACACGGUCGCGCCGCUCUUGCCAUGCACAACAGCAGGUUUUUUUGAGAAAAAAAGAUAAUAAUGCAGGGACUCGAGCUUUAAAUAUGAUUUUUUUGAUGUGGUAAAAAAAUCCAAACAUUUUUAUUGAUUUCAGAAAAAAAUCAUCUUUUUUUCCUGUUUUAAUUAUAAGUUGGAUAUGAUUUCUCACAGUUGAAUGCACGCCCUUUUAUGAAAAGUUGACAAAACUUAUCCCUACUUUUUUGUAAUUCCAUAGUAUCGGUGGAGCAAAUUUACUGUUAGAAAAAAAGGAAUAUGUAAGCAAUUUCAUUUUUUUACGAUAAUAUAUCCACCUUUUUUUCCGAGUUUCAAAACGUGUAAAAUCAUUAUUCUUCAGCCUGUUCUUUUGGUCUCCAAUUUUGAACUAAUCGGAACUUCCUGACCUAAAUUUUUGUUCUAAAUACUUGUUGAAGUACUAAUUUAAAGAUGAUGCCAUUUUUCUGAGAUAUCUUAUAUUUUUUUCAGGGGUAACAGUUUGUCGACGACACAAGCGCCGACUCUGGAAGAAAUACAGGUCUAGCGUGCAUCAACACGUUACAAUAUAGCUUUUUUGUUUUGCCCCACGCCACAGUUUGAUCUCUCUCUCUCUGUCUCUUUUCAAUUUUUUUUUUCACUCCCGUCAUUUCUUUUUUUCUCUCCACACGCUAUUGUCAAUUUGUUUCGCCUUGAUUUUUCCGUUGGUCGGUUUUGAACUCUACAAUACUUGAACUUUUCAUUCAGUCAAACCAAUCAAAUCAACUUCUUUUUGAAAGGUAUUUAUUUGUUUCAUUUUUUCUAUUUCCUAUCAUUUUUGUUGUGCAAAGUUAUGUAAAGAUGUUAUAUUCAAGUUUGUAAGACAGACUUUUUAAGAGAAAUAAAAUGUCAAAAACACAUGAAAUGGGCUGAUAAUAGGUGACCUGGUUCACGUAUCUUCGAAGUGAACUUUUCUUUGGACGCAAAGAAAAUGAGGUAUUUAUUUUUAAGAUUGCGCGCUCACGAACAUUUAGGGCGUGCUAAACAAAAUUUGCUUCUUUCUCGAUAUUCCUGCUUCCGCUUUUCGAGUCAUGUCGAAGGUUGCAUUUUUGAUAAAAAAAUUACAAUAUCUAAUACUAUACAUUUCUUUUUUUCCUAAAAACACAAUGAAGUAUUGAUCUGGUCAUUGUUUUUAGUCAAAAAUAUAUUUUUUUUAGCGAUUUCUCCGACUGUCAUUUUAUCGCUCUAAUUUCUAUUGGAAAUAUAAAUAUUCUCAAAAAAACUGACUCCAUCGCUUUUGCUCGGAAAAAAAAUUCACCACUUCCGUUAUCUUGGCGCGCAAGUUGGUUAAAGUCGGGUGCAAAUACGGAAAUCGGCCUUUUUCAAGCUUUCUCAUUCUGUGCUAUUCCCUGUUGCAAUAUACUUAUGAGUUGAAAAAAAUUCAUUUCGAAAGGAAAAAUUUAAACUUUACAAAACUAGAAUAACGCAAAACGGAAAAAAACUGUUUUUCAGAGAGUGAGACAAAUUAUUCAAAACAUCAAUUUUAGAUUUUUCAUCUAACUGUAAAUUUUUUCAGAAAACUUUUAGUAUACUUUUUAUCAUUUCAAAGCUCCAGCAUGAAUGAUACACGCGUUCGAAAAAUUGAAAAGCGCCAUUGAAAAUACAGUCGCGAAGGAAUGUUUGUUCCUGACUCCAAUGGUGCCGCUUGGACGCCUGUUUUGUAUUAAUGUUUGCAUUCUCAAAACGCUCACCGGUCCAUCGUUGUCAGCGGAAAAAAAAAACUGAAAAUGUUGAAAAAUAAGUCCGCUUACUGAGUAUUACACUGUCAAUUCUUGAUUUCUCCUUACUCUGUUGGGUUGUUCGUUGUUGUGUCCACCUGCAUUUGAUUCGAUCAAUGUUGCUUCAGAUGAGUGUUUUGCAGUAAUUGUCUCCAAUUAAUUUUGGCAAUGAGACUGGUUAAACCGAAAACGCUCUAGAAACCCAUUGUUCCUUAUUGUUUCGAUUGUCUUGAAGAACAUCGUCUUUUCUUAAACUUCUGUUGCUUAGCUUGAAAUUGUUCGUGCUGGGACGUUAACUGUGAAGGUCAUCUGAUUGUGAAUGGAACUUUCUAUAAAUUUGACCAAGAACAUCGAUGAUCUUGAUAGUUUUUAACUCAGCAAAUGUUUAUUCAUGAAUAAAUUAAUACUGAAAUACAUUAUGUAUAGUCUGUGUGCCACGACUUGAAAUUUUACCGGACGACAUUCCGCUGUUCCGCUGCGUGCUUUCACGGAGCGUCUUUUGAAUCUUAGUCACGCUUUCAUUUGAUUUUUAUUGCUGUGGGAGCACAUGAAAGUAGAGUGCCUUAAUAAAAGAAAAAAAAAUUAAAAGCGCGACCGAGAUUCGCAAAGGCACGCAGCGGCGCAGCGGAAUGUCGUUCGGUGAAAUUCCAAGUCGUGGUACACAGGCUAUAGGCUCAGUUUUGUUAGAAGCUUGAAAUUUGCAUAUUGAUUACUUCUAAAAAUAAUACUUCGCGCGGAAAGAGUAGAUAAGAUAGUUCAAUCUGUGCUCCCAGAAUGUUAAAGGGAACUUAUAGAAAAGUCGAAAUUCCCUUUGAAAUGACCUUCUCUGAAAGACAUCGUUUGGUGAGAAAAAAAAUUUUUCCAAGAAAAAAAUAAUAAUAAUAAAACUUUUUUUGGCUCAAAAUUUGAACUCUCAGAACCUUCAAUUGUCCCGAUUUUUACAAUCAUUCUUAUCAUCGUCAUUUUUUCUUGUCAAAAACAAUUAUAAACUGACUCUCGAUGUUGAUCCCUUCGUUUUUUUUUCAGCCAUGGGCGUCCUUCUAUUCAUGAUGGUGUGCGCCUAUACUCCAUUGGCAUUAGGCCAGGAAUACACCGUCGAUACUUUCCCAAACCCAAAAAGUGCGGGGCAAUACGUCGAGUGCAACAUGAAAUCCGCAAGCUCCGUCUGCGACCCAUACGCGGUACCAAUGUCCAGGGUUUAUAUUCAAAUGUUCUCAUAAAUUUUGCAGACCUUGACCGAAACUGAACGCUAUCGCCUCAAUUCCGAAAUUGUGCGAUUUUCUACUAAAACUGAAGAAAGUGGCAGCAAUUUUUGUGCACGAAAAGGCACCGAUGUGAUCCUAGGAAUCGUCAAUGAAGUCAGUUAAUAAAAUCCUAUCUUUUGCAUCAUGUCUUUCGCAAUCUACUUUUCGUAGAGCUUCAGGCUUCUCCUUAGAAGUCCCUCCUUUUCUCGAUCACUGUUUCAAGUUCAAAAACAUAAAAGGAUUUUUAAAAAAAACCCAUAGUCAGGCACCCUCGAAAUUCCGGAGAAUAAGCUGUUAUGGAAUCAAAUCCGAGCGCAGCUCUGGAAGCUGUUCCGAAAUUUUUGAUCUCUUAACACAAUUUCAGCUUUAUUUCUGGAAAUGAUUCGAAGAUCAGAAAACAACCGGAUUUGUAAGAAAUUGAAUAACUCAGGAGUUCCACUUUUAAGAAUUUUAGUCUAAAGCUUUUCCUAAAGCUCAUGUAGCGCGAUUUCGAAAGAACUAGCGAUAAUUUGAGUAACUUUUUUCGAGUAAUCUGGAAAGUUUCUCAUGUAAACUGUUAUUUCAAGUUCAGGCCGUGUCCAUUCUUUGGAAACGAGGAAGUACAAAAAGUGCUCUCAAGGAAGGCCAUUUCACCAUGUCUUCUAUGCAUUUGGAAAAACCUGUUCAAAAGCUUUUUUCAGUUUGCAAAAUUUUUAAAGGUCACACUAAUUUGCUACGAUCUAGGAAGAUCUGAAACUACAAAUUUUUUGUGUAAAGGAUUAUUCCGACCAACAAGUCGCUUUUUCAGGGUUCACAGAAGCUUGUGGAUGGGCUGAGGGCAAAGUGGGACAUGGAUAAACAGUGUGGAAGAAAUGGAGUGCUUCUGCUUUCUACAGGUGACCGGAAGUUGUAUGGUUCUUUCGACAGCCGUUCGCCUAUAAGUAAGUUUUCAUUUUUAUUCUGUGAUCAUUUCGCAUUCAUGCAUUUCCACAUGUCGAGAGUCACGCCAUGUGCUCUGACGUUGAUUUUAUUCAAUUCUGGAAAAAUAAAAAUGUUUUGAAAGAGAAAUUGGAAAUUUCACAGGUGCAAGCGAUUUCCAAGCCGUCGUCUCCAGUGAAGAAACUCUCCUACAAACGGGUAUAUAAAUUUCACCUGUUGGGUUAUUUGUGUAAAAGUCUAACAAACGUUGCUUUUUAUGACUUAUUUUUAGGAUUUCGGAAGUAAGGAGCAAAUUGAGUUCAAAGAGUCAUGAAAUUUGAAACACUCCUUUUUGGUUUUUUUGUUGAAUUGAAUUGCUGUAAAAAACGCAAAAAAAGUCUAAGUAAAUUUUCAAAAACGGCUUAUUUUAUUGGUUCCAACUUGGCUUUUACAGAAAAAAAACACUUUAAGAGUAAUUUUUCAGGCCAGUACACGACUGCGAUUGUGAACGUUCUGAAAGAAUUGAGCACCAGAGGAGACCCUCUGGGCAUCAAAACCACGACGCCCAAGCAAUCGGCCCAUUCAUCCGCUCAAUUACUUCUCCUCAUCCCUCUCGUUAUUUGUCGCCUCUUCUAA